AUGCUUUCGCAUCAGCAAUUACGAGCUCAUGCAGGAGGAUGUAGAUGGGGUUCAGAGCAAGCUGGUAAUGUCGCACGGUCGGCCGUCGUUGGCAGGCUCGUGGUUGCUAAUGCCACGAGGUUGCGUGCAAAGGCGGAAGCACAGGACGAGGAAACUGUUUUCUCUGUGUCUUCAGGACUGCAACUAAAGCUAUCGCCAACGUCACCAUUGACAUCAUCCCCAGCCAGCAGUAUCCAGGACCAGCUCCAACCCAGCCGGGAGCUGGACCAGCUACAGCACUCGCAGCAGCAACAGCAGCAGCAGCCGGCCCACCCCCUACCGGCGGGUGUGACUCCGGAACGAGACCGGGAGAUUCACAACGAGCUGCGGGGUUGUGAGGACUGGCGGGACGUGCUGGACAUAGUGGCCGAUGAGGCGGCGUGUCUGUCUGUGCGUACAGCAGUGCAGGCGCUAACCCGGCUGAACACACUGACCCGUGGGUCACCGGGGGCGAGGAGGGAGCUCGUGGAGCACCAGGCCUUUCAGACUCUCAAGGAGGUGCUGUACUCGCAGGUCUCCUUGAUGAACAACGUGCAGCUUUCCAACUCGUUGUACGCCUUCGCUCAGCUGCAAGUGGUGCUGCCCGAGCUCCUAUGUGAGGGGUACACGGCGGCGGCGGUGGCGCGGGUGGACUCCUUCUAUCCGCGGGACAUCGCCACACUGCUGGCGGCGGCGGCGGCCAUGCGGUGGUCCCCACCCCGGCAGCUGCUGGAUGCGAUGGGAUUCAGGGCGAUGGGUUUCCUGUCCGGUCAGGAGUUCGAUGCUCGCAGCAUCCCCACCCUGCUGCACUCCAUGGCGCUGCUGGGCUACAAGAACCCGCUGUUGGCCCAGGCGGCCGCGCAGAGACUUGCGGCCCCCGGGGUGAUGGCCUCGCUGGUCCCCCAGGGUGUAGCCAACAGCAUGUGGGCCCUAGGUCGACUGGACACCUACCACCCGCCCGCGGUGGCGGCGGCGCUGUCCGCCUUCUCGUCCGCACCCCUGUCGUACAAGCCCCAAGAGGUCGCCAACCUGCUCUGGGCCCUGACCGCCUUCCGGCACCACCCGGAGGCCAACUUCGUCCUCUUCGCUAAGAGCCUCUUGCACAGAUCAUCACCACCAUCAGCAGAACAUGAGCGGAAUGGAUCCGGAUCCGGAUUUGGAUCUGGGCCGGGUCAGAUCCGUGCUGCUGACCUCGCCACCUUGUUGUACGCCCUGGCCACCUUCAACGUCUCUCCGGGAGUUAAGGUUAUGGAAAGACUGGAGGCGGCGGCGGCGGAGCUCGUACGGCCGGAGGCGGAGACGGCGGAGGCGGCAGGGACGGCAGGGGCAGGAGUAGCAGCGCAGCCGGGGCCGGGGUCGGCGGCGGUGCAGCCGCCUCAUCAGCAGUGGCGGCGGCAGAAGGCACGCGCAGGGUUCACCAGCAGCAGCGGCAACAGCGGUGGUGGUGGUAUUGGCAGCAGUAGCGCCAUCAGUGUUGUCGAGCUAGCGCACAUGUACUGGGGUCUAGCGCUGCUGGGGGAGGUGGAGAGGCCGCUGUUCGGGCUGCUGGAGGGGCGGCUGGCGGCGGCCUGGGAGCGCGAGGGUGCGGCGAUACCUGAGCCGCUGUUGAGGACGGUGUUCCAGGCGAGUCGCGAGUCGUGCGGGGCGGGGUGGGCUGUCACGAUUACUCGAUCCUUCCACCCACCCGCCCACCCACCCGAGACAUCAUCAUUACCACCCCCUCCGCACAGCCGCCUGUCGGACGCGGCCUCGUGCUUUCAGGGUUAUUUGGCCUCCAAGUUGGAAUCGCCCCGGCGGUCCCCGGCCUUUCCCCCCUUGGCGCUGGAUGCCAUGAAGAGGGCUUGGACGGGAGACCUGGAGGCGGCGAGCAACAGGAAGGGGCGAGGUCGGCGGGUUGACCAGGUGGCUCGCAUCCUGGAUAUCCUCAAGGUGACGUACGACAAGCGGCGGCCCACAGGGGACGGACUGGCGCUCAUUGACAUUGCGCUCAAGGCGGGACCCGAGCGGUAUGUGGCCCUGCAGGUUAUCGACGUGGGCGACCAGUGCACCAACAGCAAGCAGCUUCUGGGGCAGGUGGCGAUGGUGGGUCAAGUGCUGGAGAAGAACGGCUGGGAGGUCAGGCAAAGGCCCGGGGGUAGCGGGGUAGGCGGGUAG